ACCAUCCACUCUCGCACCACCUAGGAUCACAGCUCCGAACCUCAAGAUCAUGGACGUAUUUCAUGCCUACGCCUUUGGCACGAGCGGCUACCUCGCGCUCCAAUCGAUUCCCCUCCUCCUCUCGCCCAGAGCCAUUCUGUCUCUCAUCGCUUCUGAGCCCCGCCAAAUCACCGACGCCGAAACCUACCUCUCCCGCAGCUUGGGCCUCGUCCUCCUCACUCUCGCCGCAGUAGUAAUCCUGCUCUCCGGUUCUGUGCCCCUCGGACCGCAACUCAGCGCCAACAUCUCCGCCGCGCAAGAAGAGACCGACGACGGCACGAUUCGCGAUCCUUAUGCUUAUCCGACUUUGGUCGUGACGACGAUUUAUCAUGCUCUCUCGGCGUUCUACCUGUACACUCAGGUGAACUAUGGGUUGACGUUUGCGUUCGGGUCAGGUUUAGUGAUCAGUUCACUGCUGGCCUGUCUUGGUCUCUGGGUCGCGCUGUUUGGGACGGACAAGGGACGGAUCAGUAAGAGGACGGGAGCGGACAAGAGGACGAGUGGCUUUCCGUUUGUGAACUCGGAGAGCGCGAGGGAGAAGAAGAAGGAGAGCAAGCGGAGGAGCAUAUCGUCGAAGUCGAAGUAG